UUACAUAUAAAAGUAGAUAUCGUAAUAACGUCUCAAUAACAAGAUAAAUAGUAUAUAAAUAGUAAAAAUACUUAUUUUCGUACAUGAUUUGUUAAUAUUGUGGACUCAUUAGUGCGUGGUUCAGUUCCAUAGUCUGCUAAGAAUGUCCAUGAAAGCGUUUGUGUUGUUGGCGCUAGCAACACUCUUGCAUAAGGCCUCAACGGAGUACUGCUUUUAUCAACAAGGCAAAGAGAGUAAUGACAGUUACAUACAAUGCGAAUACGCGGGAACAGACGAACCGAUUGAAGGAAUUAGUUUGAUACAUCUUGAACAGAACACAACAAUUCCGAUACUUAAAGGAGAAUUCUUCGCACCCUUUCCCAAUUUGAAGACUUUGUUUAUGACGGCGGCCAACAUUCGAAAAAUCGAACCGGAUGCGUUCACAAAUCUCACCCUGGAGAUGGUCGAUUUGUAUCACAACAAAUUGGAAGUUCUGGAACGCGGCACCUUCCAGAAUCAAACAAAUUUGACCUACAUGGACUUGAGCUACAAUUAUUUUAAAAACUUGACCUCGGCGACACUAUCAGGGUUAACUGCCUUAGAAUGGUUAUCAAUGAAUGGCAACCAAAUUGAAUUAAUCGAAGCAUCGGCAUUGAACGAUUUGGUUAAUCUAAAGGCCAUUUAUUUGAGAUACAAUAACAUCCCCAGCCUACACGUGGACGUUUUCAAAAAGUUAACCGCCCUAGAGAUUUUGGAUCUAUCAAUGAACAGCUUGAAAGUAAUUCCUGACCAACUACUUUCUGAACAAGCACAUUUGAUUACGCUGUUAUUGGAUUUCAAUGCAUUGGAAGAGAUUGCUGAAGGUGCGUUUGAUAAGACAACCGCAUUAACGUACUUGGAUCUCUCCAAUAAUCGCUUGGAGAAAUUGCCGGAAGACCUUUUUAACAACACAAAGCGAUUAGAGGUCUUAAAGGCGAGCGAUAAUAGAAUUGCAACCUUCAACUAUACUGUACUUUUGAGUAAAACUCCGUUUCUGCGUGAAGUGCAUCUUUACAAUAAUUCUAUUGUGCCAACAUAUUUUCUCAUGUGCCUGGUUUAUCUGUUUGUCCAUAAAUCCACCGCCAGUUGCAGAGUAUCGCUAGUCAGAUCCAUCCACGGAGAGCAUAGGAAUAUUUAUGACCGGUAUGGAAAUAAUAGGGGAUGUUGCCAAUUUGUGUACCCCGUUCUAAAUUCGUCCGCCAAAUGCUCUUACAUUUCAUUGGCAAAAGGUCAACACUUUGAACCAUUUGUUAUUGAAGGAAAGUCGGAGGAUAAUGAUGACUAUUUUGAGGUUAUACCAGGCUUUAACCAUUUAUCUUUUGAACUCAGUCGUGUACCAACUAUUUCUGUAUCCUUAUUUGCUAAUUUUACAAAUAUUACUCAUUUGUAUAUGAACGCAACACAUGUAGAAGAAAUUCAACAAGGUGGCUUUAAUGGCUUGGGAAAACUCAAAGUGUUGGAAUUGGCAAACAACAAACUAACUGAAAUAUCUCGAGGUAUAUUAAACCAUUUAACAAAUUUGCAAAUUCUCAAUGCAUCGCAUAACCACAUCGACUUGAUCGAAAGCAACGCUUUUAUGGGUCUACUGAAUUUGGAGGAACUUAUAUUAAGUUAUAACAAUAUCAAAGUAUUGCAUCCCAAUACCUUCCCACAUUUCCAGUUUAUAUUAGUCAUCGACUUAUCGCAUAAUAUGAUCAUUGAGCUUCCAGAGAGUGCAUUUCAAAAUAAUUCUCAAUAUCAAGAUGAUUUAUUUGAUCCGAUGAAGUUGGACUUAUCGCAUAAUAACAUACAAAGUAUUAAUACCACGUACAUUCCGAUACCACUAAUCAGUCUAAGCCUGUAUAAUAACAACCUUACCGAAUUUGAAUUCCUCAACCUUGACUUUUUACAUUAUCUAUCGUUAGGCAGUAAUAAUUUAAGCAACAUAUCUGAAGUUUAUGAGUUGCUAACGUAUUUAGAUUUGAGCAGAAACAGAAUUUGUGACUUAGACCCUCAAUUGCUAAAAGAGAGUAAGUUUCUAACUGUUCUUGAUUUAAGCUCUAAUUUCAUACAGAAACUUCCUGAUGACAUUUUUAUAAGCUUGACAGUUUUGCGUAACUUGUCUCUUGAUAAUAACAAGCUCGAACAUAUACCGAUCGGUUGCUUUCACAGUUUAUCUGCUUUACAAUUUUUGAAUGUGUCGGGGAAUAGAAUUUCGGAAUUCGACUACGGUACAUUUUCGGGUUUAAGUAGUUUAAUUACGUUGGACAUUUCUAAUAAUACAUUGACUUAUCUUUAUGAAACUACCUUUCAUCCUCUUCUGGCGUUAGAAAGCUUACGUUUAGAUUAUAACUUUAUAACAACUUUUGAUCCGUACUAUUUCACUGAGCAUCUAAAGGUACUAAAUAACGUUUCCCUGAAUUUUAAUCUUUGGAACUGUAAAUCAUUGUUAAAUAUCUUCACUGCUUUAAAGUCGAAAUCUGUGAAAGUUUUCUACGGUGAAGAGAAAAGGCUACUUAACAUACAUGGAAUUGCUUGUACUAAGCAAAAUGUUGAAAGUCUAGUCGGUACGAAAUCACCACAGAGUGAAAUUAACGACGAUAUACAAGGGAAUUAUUUUAACGCGUUGUUUAAUGAGAACUUUAUUAAUUCCAAGUUUUAUCAGUUCUUCAAAGAUUUUAGCAAUUCUCAUUUUGAGGAACAAAGAUUCCUAAACGAAUUUACGAAGACUUUCUCUAAAAUAUUAAAUGAGUACAAGAAUUCAAUGCCAAAUACCAGCGUCAUUCAGCAACUGAAUGACACCUUGUCAAAAUUCAUUGUCGAAUUUAAGUCACUUCCCAACAAGCUUGACAACUAUAGUGCACGUGACUGGAACCAGCUACGGCAGGAUAUCUAUAGAUAUUUCACAGUAGAGCUAAAAAAUAUUACUUCUCAAAAGCUUGCUAGUAAAGAAUCAGAUUCGUCUACAUUACCCCAAAUAAACGUGUUGAAACAGUUUUUAAACGCCGAUUUUAAAAAUUCCUUCUUUUAUAAGUUUUUUCAAAACAACGAUUUUUCAAAGUUUUCUGCAAGUGAUCAAAUUUCUGCACCCAAAUAUGAAAAGUAUGUUGGUGGCGAUGAUCCCGUUAUAACAAAAAUAUCAUCUUUACAAAGUGGUUUAAAUACCUUACUGGCGAUUAUAUUAAUUGUAUUAUGUUGCUUGCUGGCUUUGUUUCUAAUUAAAAGCUUUGAUAAUCCUUUAAAGAAGUUUAACACCAGAAAUGUGGUUGGCAUGCCAACAGAUUCUCAUGCAACACUGGAAUUAAUUUGAAUUUAUAACGAUUAUUUGU